AGGGGAAAAUUUGAGAUGGAUCCCAUUUUGUGAACAUCUCCCACCUGCGGGUAAUGCUCAGAGCUCUCAGCCCUGCGGGUUUAAUUUCUCUCUCUGCAGCUCGUUGGGUCGGGAACCUUCAUUAUUGCAGUAAUUAGGGAUGGGAUACGAGAGGCAGGAGAGGAUCCAAGCAGGGGAAAGGGGAGGGGAAGGACGUACCGUAAUCUGUCUGACAGCCUUCAGGUUGGAGCAGCUAAAGGAGCAGCUCAGAAUACCAUCCCUCCCUCUGUCAAAGGGCAAAAGUAACGGUUAAUUAAAAUAUAUAUAUAUAUUUUAAUUGACAGUCAGCAUGGCAAAUGGCACAGAGGUCGGGUAAUGCUGGUGGUUGGUUUGCGUGCAACUCAGAAUUGCAAUUAGGAGUUCCUGUGCUAAGGGGAAAAAAAAGGUGAAAAAUGAGUUCAGAAGCCGCCCAGCUCUUUAAUUAAAGCAGUUUGGUGAAUGUUGUGCUGUGGUGACCGAAGUAAGAGAGCCCUGUGCUGCAAAUGCCCCCAUCUGUCCUGGAAACGGAGGAUAUCUUCCCCUAUGGCCAACAAUGACGGAGCAUUUUAAGCCCAAAGCUUCAUCCGGCCAAAUUCCACAAUGGAGACACGGAUCUGCAGGGAGAUUCCAGGCAGCACAUUCUGUGUUUCCUUAAAUAGGGCUGAUAUUUCCCCCUGUCCCACAUGUGAUCCGUCUGAGCUCACACAGCCCUUAAAAAUCUGCAAGGAUCUUGUUCUGCUGCCUGCCGGCUGCUUCCCACAGCCUUGGGAAGGCUGCACCAAAGUCAGAUUGCAAAGAGAAGGCGCAAAAAAACACGAUUGGAGACACCGAUCUGAGAUGUCAAACUGCACGAUGGAGCCUUAAGUAAGACGAACUUCAGGCCAGAUGCCCAGGAGAGGUGUUAAAUUUUGGUUCAAGCCCACACCGGUAGCAGCAGAAGGAAGGCAGGGAAAGGGGGAUUGCAAGAGAUUGGAGACCGCACCACCAUGGCCUCCGCUGCUUCUAGAGCAAAGGAAAAGGGAGAGGGGGGCUCCCACCACCCUGUCCCAGAGCAUCGGAUGGACGAUGGAGGUGGAGGUGGAGCGUGGCCAGAGCGAGGACGGCUCGGGGAUACGGAGGUCAUCGGCCACCGAAACCACCUCAGGAAAGGGAAUUUCCACACAAAGCUCCACUUGGAGCACCUGGCAGAGAAGCUGAAGCUUUUGGGGCUGGAAGGAGACAAAGGGGAGAAGGAGAAGCUCUGCUCGUGGCGCAAGAGGACGUUCCUCUCCAAUGGACCUCGGGAUGAUGGAGGUCCCACUGGAGCCCCCAUAAAGGAGUCGGUGCAGGAGGACGGGGAGCAGAUUUGCAGCCAUUUGGAGAACCUCAAGAAACAAAGGAAGGAGCUCUUAGAACUCAAAACGAGCGGAGAGAGGCGAUGCCAAGACUUUCUGACACGGACGGAGGCUGAAAGGCAGAAAAUUGCAUCAGAAUUCCGUCAGCUCCACCGUUUUCUGAAGGAGAAGGAAGUGAUGCUUCUGGCACGGCUGGGAGAGCUGGACAGGGCUGUGCUGAGGAGGCAGGAGGAGGAGGAGGCCAAGGUGCAGGGGGACAUUUCUCUCCUAAGCAUCCUCAUCUGUGAGAUGGAGGAGAAACUCAAGCGACCCACGUGUGGAUUCCUACAGGAUGCCAGAGGCACGCUGAACAGGUGGGAGAUGGGCAGAACUCAAAGGACGACAGAGAGCUUUGCAGAUGUGGAACGGAGGCUCCGUGUCAUCUCCCAGCAAAAUAAAAUCCUCAAGGAGACGCUGGGGAGAUUCCAAGAUCUUUUACCAUCUGAGCUGGAGAAGGAGGAAGGAGCAUCCGUAGGAGAAGAGGGAGAGGCAUUUGUCACCCUGGAUCCCAGCACUGCCACUGCGGGGCUCGUCCUGUCCCGGGACCGACGUGGGGUGAGAUGGAUGGACACAGGGCACAACGUGUCCCCUUGUCCCCAACGCUUCGAUGUCUCCUGCUGUGUGCUGGGCUGUCGGGGCUUCACCUCAGGGAGGCACUUUUGGGAUGUGGAGGUGAUGGGUGGUGGCACGUGGGCACUCGGGGUGGCACGCAGCUCUGUGCCCAGGAAGGGUUGGCUCGCUUUCCAUCCCGAUUAUGGGAUUUGGGCCGUGGGAUGCUGUAGAAACCGCUUCCGAGCUUUCACAUCUCCCCCAACCGCCCUCCCCCUGGGUGGGAAUCCCAACAGGAUUCGAGUGGUGUUGGAUUACGGAGGGGGACGGGUGGCUUUCUACCUCGCUGCCCAAAAAAAUCCCAUAUUUGCUUUCCAAAAUGCUUCUUUUUGCGGGGAGAGCAUCUUCCCCUUCUUCUGGGUGGGCAGAGAAUCCCACCUCCACCUCUGCCCCUGAGAGAAGGAAAAGGGAGGUCUGAAAUUUUGGGGUGAGCAUCUCCGUCAGCUCACCUGCAGUACAAUGGGAUCUUCCAGGCUUUGGGCUCUGUGCUCGUCGUGCCAUUAUUUUCAUGGCAUCCUAAAAUGGUGCUGCAUUAUUUUUAUGACACUGUAAGAGGAUGGAGCAGAAGAUUUGUCACAAAUUAGCAAGGAAAAAAAAAUCAGCAAAGGAAAACAUGGAAUUUUCUUGUUGUGUUUAAUGGGAUCCAGGGUUGGGGGAAGGACCACGGCUCUGGGUGCUGUGGGAUCACUUCUCUUUGUUCACUGGGAACGUGGGGUGGCAUAGAGGGGACAGAGGGGGGCUGUAGGGUGACAACAUGGGGCAGAUUCGGGUCUCCCCAUCCCAUGCUUGGGAUUCAGAUGCCCCUUUUUUGGGCUCCUUUAGGUCUCCCUACCCCUUUUUUGGGGGGCAGAAACCCUUCCUGCGCCUCUUUUUGGGGUCUCCCAUCCCUUGCAACGUGUGGUGGAAGUAAAAAAGAGACAGAAAUUCUGCCCAAACCCGCAGGUUUUAUGGAAUAACCAAAGCGAAAGUGAAACCCAGCCGGGGCCGGGCUGCAGCCCGUGAGCAU